GCUCGGGUUGCAGUUACAGCCUCGCCGCGACCUAAAUCUUAUCACCGUGUCCUUUGCUCCGUGUUAUCUCUCUUCAUAGUUGCUGCUGCCAUCAUCUUUACACGUCUCUGCAAGGUGUUAGUUAUUUGAUGCCCCUGGCCACACCACAGUAGUCUGGAGGAGUGUGUGUGUAGUGUAAAUAGGUGUGUGGAAGGUUUAUCUGAAUGGCUCUGCGAGGAGUGCGGGUGGUGGAGCUGGCUGGCCUGGCUCCGGCUCCAUUCUGUGGCAUGAUUAUGGCUGACUUUGGAGCAAACGUCAUCAGGAUUGAUAAGACCAGAGGACCCGACCAGGACCGGCUGGGACGAGGCAAGCGGUCGGUGGCGCUGGACCUGAAGAAGCCAGAGGCUGUGAGUGUGGCUCGCAAGCUGUGUAGCAGUGCUGAUGUUCUCAUCGAGCCUUUCCGAAGGGGGGUCAUGGAGAAGCUUGGACUGGGGCCAGACACCCUCCUCCAAGACAACCCAGGGCUCAUCUAUGCCAGGCUGACUGGAUUUGGCCAGUCAGGGCCAUGUGCAGACAUGGCUGGCCAUGACAUAAACUAUGUUGCCUUAUCAGGUUUACUGUCCAUGUUGGGUCGCAAAGGUGCACCGCCAACACCACCCAUCAACCUCCUGGCAGACUUUGCUGGUGGGGGGCUCUUGUGCGCGCUGGGCAUCAGCCUGGCACUUCUAGAACGCUCCAAGUCAGGAAAGGGACAAGUGAUCGACGCCAACAUGGUGGAGGGCGCUGCAUAUGUUGGUUCAUGGAUAUACUCCUCUCAGGGAAUGUUCUUGUGGGGCAAACCUCGAGGAGAAAACUGGCUGGACUCUGGCUCACACUUCUACGACACAUACGAGACCAGUGAUGGCAGACACAUGGCCGUGGGGGCCAUUGAACCUCAGUUUUACCAGGAACUGAUCUCCCUGCUGGGCCUUGAUGCAGAAGAGGUGGGACAGUUUGAUGAGCCUGAUGAGAUGAAGAAAAUAAUUGCUGCAAGAUUCAAGGAGAAAACGCAAGCAGAAUGGACCAAAGUGUUUGAAGGGAAGGACGCCUGUGUGACUCCUGUACUGAGCAUGGAGGAAGCACCCCACCACCCUCACAACAUCGCCAGAAACUCCUUCAUUCCAUCCAUGUACUCCCCGGACCACUACGAACCCCGCCCUGCCCCGAUCCUCUCCCGCACCCCUGCUACCCUGGCGCCUGGACUGAGGCCACCACAGAUAGGGGAGCACACCACUGACAUUCUCACUGAGGCCGGCUACUCCAAGGAAGCUAUUGACGAACUAUUAGCACAAAAGAUUGCUGUUGUCCAUGCCAGAGGCAAGGCAAAGUUAUAGUGUGUGUGUGUGUGGCUGUGUGUCAUUGAAGUGAAUUUGGACCUACCAUUAUUUUUCUGUACAUAUGUUAAUGGCUAAUUCAGUUAUACCUGUGUGAAUGGAGAAUGUAAUGGAAUAUAUGAACCUACUUGUGGAUUCUGUAGUUUUAUAGAAAGAUGGAAAUAUUUUCAAUAAUAACUUUAAAAAGGAACUGUGAUGGAUCUUCAAAAUAUCUGAAGAGAACUAAUUAUAAGUAUAUUCAAUAUGAUUUAACUUUCAUAAACAGAGAAUAAGUAAAUUUUAAAGUUUAUUAUAGUUACAGUGUAAUGUAUUCGUGUAAUGGUAUAUAUUUUUAUGUGUAAAUAAAUAUAAAUUGAGUGUU